GUGGGGCGGCAGGGGAAAGAUGAUUGAAACGCUUGUAACUACUGAAGCUCAGGAACUGCUGUACCAGCUCACAGCCCUGUUGGAACAGGAGUUAAGAUGUCAGCCAAAGGCGUCUGGCCUGAGACUAAUCGAAUCUGCUCAUGAUAAUGGUCUCCGAAUGACUGCAAGGCUGCGAGACUUUGAAGUGAAAGAUCUCCUCAGCUUAACGCAAUUCUUUGGCUUCCGUACAGAGACGUUUUUGCUAGCUGUGAAUUUCUUGGAUAGAUUUUUGUCAAAAAUGAAGGUACAGCCUAAACAUUUGGGUUGUGUUGGACUCAGCUGCUUCUACUUGGCUGUGAAGUCAUCAGAAGAAGAGAGAAAUGUCCCCUUAGCCACUGACUUAAUUCGAAUAAGCCAGUACAGGUUCACUGUUUCUGAUAUGAUGAGAAUGGAGAAAAUAGUAUUGGAGAAGCUGUCUUGGAAAGUCAAAGCUACAACAGCCUUCCAAUUUCUACAACUAUAUCAUUCACUCAUUUAUGAGAAUUUAAGCUGUGAAAGGAAAAAAUACCUUAAUUUUGAGAGACUUGAGACCCAGCUUAAGGCAUGUCACUGCAGAAUCAUGUUCUCUAAAGCCAAGCCUUCCGUCUUGGCACUGUCUAUUAUGGCACUAGAAAUAGAAGAACAAAAACUAAUGGAGUUGACAGAGGCAUUGGAAUUUCUGCAGUUGCAUUCCAAGAUAAACAGCAGAGAUUUGACCUUCUGGAAGGAACUGGUGUUCAAGUGCCUUACAGAAUAUUCCUCAAGCAAGUGUUCCAAACCAAAUGUCCAGAAAUUAAAAUGGAUUGUGUCUGGACGUACAGCACGGCAGCUUAAGCAUAGCUAUUACAGAAUAACACACCUUCCUACAAUUCCAGAGACCAGCUCAUAAUAGGAGCACAAUAAGUUGAGGAGAGAACCAUCCUGUGACCUUGUCAUCAGAAGUGUGAAUUUUGAGAAACAAAGUCUGAAACAUGAUCUUAAUAAUGAAGAACUCAACUCAUGGAAGAAAUACGUAACAUUUCAGACUAAAGAUCCUUCCAGCAAAUAUUUUCUUUUCAUGAUGAUUACAACAAUAUUCCGUGUUAGUUUUCAGUCUGUUAGACUGUUUACUGUUCCAUGAAACACCACAAUACUGCUAUGAGCAAUUUUAAGACCUUAUGGUUUGUAGAGCAACUUGUGUAGUCUAACCUUGGUUUACUAGAGCUGCAGGUGCUGCAGUAUACAUUUAAUUUUGAAAAUCUAGUUGACUUUCCAAAGAUUAGAUGACGCUAAGAAAACAUCACGUGCAGUAGCACAGUGCUGCAGCGUCUCAAUCAAACAAAGCUAGUUCUGCUCAAUACUGAUGACAAUAGCAAAUGCCUGUCAGUCCACCUGAUGUGCUGUUAGGGCAGUGUCAUGUGUCCACAUGUUCCUGUUGGGCAGGGCACUGGCCUUCUACUGUAGACACAUUAAAAAUUAGGCUAUGUGAUACUCACUGAACACGGCAACUAGCUAGAGCAGGAGAACAGAGAAACCUAAUUUCAUUGCCUUGUAAAAGGUAGUUACUAAUACAGGAUCAGUAACUUCAGUAUUUUGUAAGAGGUGUCGUUUGCUGAGAUUAUGAAUUAUUUCAUAGAGUGUAAAAACUUCACGAUACCUAACGAUGGCUGAGGGGAAAGUACUGGGUCUGAUAUCAGUUUUCCAAAGUUUUACUGUACAGGAGGUAAAUGCUGAUGCUGAACAGGUGUGUUUUUACAGGCACAAUAGGAGCAGGGCUAAUGCCCCAUCUUGGUGUGAUUGUAGGAGCAGUCUAGUUGAAAAACACUGAAGGUUGCUUCAACUCUGAUCUCUUUAACGGUAAGCUUUGUAAAAUACAGCUUUCUGAAUAAAAAAGUACUUGAGGCAUAUUGCACUUCUGGUGCUAACAAGGAAGUGAGUAAGAAGAAUGUAUUAUUGUAUGUAAGUUGAAUAGAGGUGGUGGGGGAAUGUUGCUAAUGACCUCUUGAAUUCUGCGUCACUGUGGAAGAGGCUGUUAGCGAUGGGCUGUUAAUAACCGAUUGCCAUAGGAACUGACAUAGUGGAGAAAGAGAGAUCAGAAUGUUCAGAAUAUACUGCAGGCUUUAGGCCAACCAACCCUUUCCCCUUUCUGGUAAUAGUUGAGGGGGAAGCUAAUAUUUGCAUAUCUCAAACCAAACCUUUCCCAGAAGACCUUGUACCAAAGCUCUGUACUGGACAAAUCAAGCCUACUCAUGGGAGUGAUUGCACUGCAUAACACAUAAUGGAGUUUUGCAUCUGCCAGUGCUAUCUGUGCAUUGUGCUGGCCUCUGAAAAGCACGCAAAUGAUUUAGACAAAGGUGUGGUCAGCCUAUGGGGAGAGAUGGAGAAGAUACAAUGUGCAAUUUGAAAUGUCAUGUCUCAAGAUGUGUACCUUUCAAUUAAACAUUGAAAUGUGCUUAACUGAGUAACUUUCUUCCCAUUUGUUAUAGAACAUCUUAGUAGGAAGUGUAUAAACUGACUUGUAUCUGAACAGUACCUGGAAAAGGAGGUAAGACAUGGAGAUUGUUCCUAUUUAUUUUU